CAGGGGACACAGUAAAAUGACCUUUCCCUGCUCCUUGUGCUGAGGGGAAGCCUGCCCCACACAUACACGAUCCAGGAGGGCUGGGGGUCUGGGAUGUGGGACAAGCUGGAACAUCAGAAGCUGGCAGUACUCCUUGUGUCCCCUUGUGUGGUGGGAGCCUGGAACCACCCCCCUCCUCCUGUAACCUUGUCCCAGAGCAUGCAGGCAGGAGGGACCCAGUUGGAGGUGCGCUGGGAGGAGAGUCCUGAGGGCUCAGGGUUCUUUCAUGAGCUAUUAUUCCUAUCUGGCAGAGGACACGAGCCCUGUGCUGCUUCUGCAGUCCCACAGCUUUGAAAAGAUCAAGGCAAGGAGAGGUUUUCGAUGACAGCUCCAAAACCCAUCUCCCACAACUGCUCCAAAGCCACAUUAGUGCCACAUUGGCCACGUGGGGAGUGGGAAGGAGGCUGCAGAUCCCAAACCAAACAGUGAGGACGAGACCACAGCAGCAGCCCCAAGUGCUGCGGGCCCCACGAUCAGCACAGGCAGUGGGCAGCAGCAGCACAGCUGGGGGGCUCCGAGCCGCACGGCUCAGCCUCACCGCCUGCCGUCCAGCAGUGCUGACUUCCUCCGCCCCGACUGCAAACAAUGCGAGCUGGGAGAGGCGCAGGCCUCAGCACUUCUGAGCACCAAACGCUGAGUUCAGCUGGGCACAGCCCCGUGGCCGUGUAACCCUUUGCUUGCCGGAUGGAGCGCGUUCCUCUGUGCGGAGCAGCGCCUUCGGGCUGCAGUGCACUGCGCAGAGCAGGAGCUGCGCUGCAGGUGCCCGUCACAGCCUGCCUGCUGCAGGUGGAAGCAGGAACAGGAGCGCAGGAAUGAGGAAAUGCCCCCACCGCACUCUGCCCUGUGCCCGGCAGCACUGCUGGUGCUGGGGGGGGGGUCGCAGAGGGUGGGGGAGGAAAGUACGGCUCUGCCUGGCAUCGAGCAUCAAAACCACGGAAGAGAAGUUUGUUUGACCUGAAACAAAAUGCUCCAUCGCGUUUGUUUGCUUUGUCCCUGCUGCCGUCAGGCUGGGGCUGAUUUCCUUUUUCUUUCAGGUUCACUUCUAGAGCACAAAGUGAGAAGCAGAGAGGCUUCAUUUGGAACCUGCCACGGAAUGGUCAACUUCUGCACACUCCCCAAAGGAAACAGGAAUGUUGGAAGAGAUUGUUAACCCUUCUGUUGUUUUCCAUGUGGCACGGGAUUAACAGUGGGGCUCUCCCCAGAGCCUGCGCCCCCCCGGCGUGCCGGCGGAUUAUGGCAGGGCAGUGUGCUGACCUCUGCUCUGCUGGGAAACAGAGGCUCCUGAGAUGAUAAGUGGCUCUGGGAAGAAAUUCCUUUCCCCAUGUGAGGGAGUGGCGGCGCUGGGCACACUCGCGGGCACGUCUGCACCUCUGCACACACGGGGACCUGACGUGGAGAGGUGGGAGCUGAGGUUCUGUGAGGAGGACACGGUGUGGGGCCCUGCAGAUCAGGUCAGUAUGGGGCAGGACGGGGCAGGACGGCCGUACCUUGCUGGCUAGGUGCUGGCCGGCCCCAGCUGAGCAAACACUGCUGGGAAGCAGUUCUUGCAGGUGCCUGGAGCAGCUCGGUGCGGGGACACAGCAGCGUAGGUCCAUACUGAGAUUAUUAGUCCUGGUGGAGUUUGGGGUUCAGAUAUGGGGGUUAUGAGCAGACCGGAGAGGAAUAAGUUUGUCUGAGGUCUUUCAUAUUCAGGAGCCAAUUGGAGAAUGAAAGGAGAAAUCACACCAGCAGUCUCUAAAUCUAGCAAAGUGGAUUGGGUGCCAGGAGGAUACAGCUGCCAGACAGCCCCAGGGAUUGGCAGUGCUGCAUCCCUGGGUGAGGGGUGCUGGGCAGCCCCCACCUCCCACUCAGUGCCCUGGGAGGGACACACAGCUGGCAGCAGCGCUUGCUGGGGCUGCACAGAGAGGGGAGGCCCUGGGGGUCAGCAGUGGGCUGUACCAGAUGGGAUCCCACAGCAUUGCUCUGCUGCCUCUCCUAAUCUGGGAGGCUGGGAUGGCAUCAGCAGCACUGAGGGCUGUGCACAAGUCCUGGUGCUACUGAGGUACAGCAGGAGAGUGCAAUGGGAGUGGUUUGGGCUGCUGGCCAAAAGGAAAAUUACAUUCCAGGUCAAACAUGAGGUUUACCUUUACCUGCAGAGGGGUGGGUUUGGUCCCUAAGUUGUCUAGAUAAACUUAAAAAGCACAGAGAUUUCAAAACAACAAAUGAGGACAUCUUUGUUUCAGUAUUGUCCUCCGUGCAGAAGGGUUUGACAGUAAUUUAUAAAUAGAUAUUGCUAAAACAAACAGCACUCUGUGUGAAGCAACAAGAUUGUUAGAAAAGAGGUGCCUCGUUGCAGCCCCAAACCAGCAGCACCUCACUGCAAAGCUGUGCCUGGCAUCACACAGACUUGGGCUGUGCAUGUGGAAUCUGGGCGCCUUGCUGGGAGCUCAGUUCCUCCUUCAGCCCUCACAGUGUCAGUGCAUCUCUAGGUCGACUGCAGGAGUUUUCUAAAUCCGGAGCUUUCUGGGACAUGGUUCAGUGGGAGCAGGCGGCCUCCUUGCCAGGGGCAGAGCGUGUCCCAGCUGCUCACCUUCGCGCCGGUCUUCCUCUGCACAGGAAGGAUCAGUUCAGUGUUGGCAUGCUGGGGAAUAACAGUGGUGUUUGGCACUCUCAUAUUGAGGGCUGCAGCAGGGAGGGUGAGAAGGAUGGUUGGCAAGCCCAGUGUUUUGGUGCUGCAUGGCAAGCAAGGCAUUGCCGUGGUGGCAAUCGGCCCAUUCCUAAAGGAAAAGUGCAUUCUUAGAAGCCCACUGUGACUGUGAUUUGUCUCCCUAGAGUUUCUUUUGUGGUGUUUUUUUUCUUUCAUGCAGGGGCUGUGUUGACCUUUCCCAGGGAUGCUUUGCACACCUCUGCCACGUGUAGCACGCUGAGGCCACCCAGCGUGGGGAGGGUCUGAGCGUGUGAGCAAAGAGAGAGCCAGAAUCCACCACGGGCAGCCCAGCGCAGCCAUCUGAUCAGUCCUCCUGGGUUCACGCUGGGGUUCAGACAGCUCUGCUGAUCCACAGACCAGCCCUGCCAGCCCUGAGCGAGCCGGCCCUUUGUGCUGCGGAGACGGGCGGCUCGCUGGGCCAUAGCUCUGCCCAUGAGCUGAAGGCAGUGCAGGAGUGGAUGGAGGGCGCUGGAGGAGCUGCAGGUGGUGCCAGCAGCUGAGGAGUGUGAGUCCUGCUGUCCCCGCUCGCCCCUGCUCCUGCCGCACUGGGGCCGCCUGCAGCACAGCACAGCCGAGCACCGGGGACGAUGGUGGUGGGAGAAGACCAUGGCAUCAGACAAGGCAGGAGCGUCAGAGCCAAGCAGCCCAGCUGAGGCAGCAGAAGGCUCCCCAGACCCUUCCUCAGUGCUGCUGGCAGCUGGGGAGGGCUUUCCGCCAGAGAUCUCACUGUUCUUCUCCAUUGAGAGCCGCUCCUCGCGGUGCCCCAAUGCCCAGCUGCAGGAAGCAGCCAGAAGGAAGCUGUGGGCCUUGGAGAGUGACGACAGAGAUGUCUGUGCUCUGUUCAAGGAGCUAUCAGCCAGGCUGCUGUGCAUACAGGCACAGGAAGAUCGGUUCCUCCUCACCUUCAAAACCCUGGAAGAAGUCUGGAAGUUUUCCACGUAUCUAACUUUAGGCUAUGUUGGCCGCUGCUUGGAGCAGCUUCUCUUUGAGCAGGAGUACUGGCUGAACUGUGCACUGGUGGAGGACACAGAGAUCAGAGUGUCCAUGGAUGAAAGUCGCUUGGCCACCAUAUAUCUGGGUCUGCUGCUCCAGGAAGGUCACUUUUUUUCCAGAGCAGUGCCUGGUGCAUGCCAGCCAGCAAGGGAGGGAGAGGAAGGCCUGCAGUUCUGCAGGAACGAGCUGGUCCAUGUGAAGAACAUUGGAGAGGAGUCCAAAUGGGAAGGGAUGUCCUUGCUGACAGGCCAGCGAGGCCUGGUGCCUGUGACUGCCCUAGAGCCCGUACCUCACCCAUUCUACCAGUGGUUCCUGAAGAAUUACGCCAUGAGUUUUGGAGUCUCCAAGGAGAUCAGUGAGUCAACCUCUCAGCCGAUUGUCAAAGGCAAGUGCACAGCCACAGUGGACCACAGAGGAGCAGUAUGGGAUGAACUGAGUUUCUCCAAGGGAGACAGCAUAGAAGUCAUUGGCUUCCUCCUUCCAGGACUCCCGUGGUUUGUGGGCAGAUCUUUAAGCAGUGGGAACAUCGGCUUUGUCCCAGUGCGAUCCGUAAAUGCUGAGGCUUGUGAAUCUCUAGAAAAAGGAUUGGUGUUUCUGAGCGAAGAAGAGAACUUGCCCCUCCUGCGCAUCCCCUGCAAUGGUGGUGAGCAGCACUUUGCCACCCUCCUUGGAGAGCUGGCACACACUGACAUCAGCUCUGUGUACCGCCUGGAUGGUUUUGAACCCACAGCCAUGUUCCUGAAAGCGCCAUCAGAGGCUGUUCUCCAUGGCUGUAAGGACACCCAGCUGCUCCAGUCCUGGGAGGAGAUAAACAGCUUGGUCACAGCUAGCACCUCAGAGCAGUCCAGCCCAGGGAGUGAAUCAGCCCCUGCUACAUGGGAAGAUGUUCUUCUGGACAAGCUGAAUGAUUUUGAUGAUCCCAAGUUCUUCAUUGACCUGAAUGCUGGACACAUGGAAGAUGCUGAUGUCUUUGAACCCAUACUGACCUUCCUUAACCAAGACAGUUAUAUGCCCUGUUAUCAAAGCCUCUAUGAUCUCAGUUUCUCUUUUCUCAACUCCACUUUUUAUGGUUUCUCUGAUGAGGAUGAACUGGUCUUGUACCUUGAGACAUCCAGGAACUGGGCCAAGAGGACUCAUUCAGUGUGGGCCCAUGUCAGGCUCUGUUUCCUCUUGGGUAAGCUCUGUAUGAAAAAAGUCAAGUUCUCCCAGGCUCGAGUCUAUUUUGAGGAAGCUAUGAGCACCCUGGAUAGGGGCCUUGGGGACCUGCCGCUGCUGGCUGCCUUGCACGUGAACCUUGCUUCAAUCUACCUGAAACAGAACAUGAAGAACAAGUUCUUCUCCUUGCUGGGAAAAAUGGUGGCCUUGCUUGUCUGCUUGCCCGGCCGCUCCUUCAGCUCCGAGCACGAGCUGAGGGUCAUGAUGUACGUCCUGAGGGAGGCCAUUGCUGUGGGGAACACUUCUCUGGAAGCACGGGUCUGCUUCCUUAUUGUCAAGCUCUUCCUCCAGCUGGGAAAAAAUGAUGAAGUACUGCCCUUUAUUGAGCACCUUCAAUGUCUCUGCACCACUUCACUCAGCCUGGACACUAGUGCCGUGCCGGUGGAUGCCACCCCCAUCCUGAGCUAUCUGUACGACAAGAAGUACUUGCCAAACAUUGCACUGGCAUCUGCCAGGUCUUUUGUUCCCAGUGGCAUCAAAGGGGCACCAACGGCCAUUUGGAAAGCUGGCUUCAUCCUCCAAAAUGUGUCCAAGCUCCUGGGAAGCCAGCUGGAGAGGAGCAGCAUCCCAGCCUUGGUGUGUUCCUACCUCAAGCAGGCACUGCACUUCUCCUGUGAGAGCAGAGCAGUGACCACCCAGAGGACUCUGUGCACUCUUCUGUCCCGGAUGUACUUGCAGCACGGUGUGCUGGAUGGGGCGGUGUGCUAUGCAGCCCAGGCUGUGGUCUUCAGCAGGCUGAUAGGUGAGGAGGAGGCUUUUGAGUCCUCCCUCUCUCUGGGGUGGAUGUACCUUCUGAGCAGCCAGCCAGGCCCGGCCGCAGACAUCAUGGGGCAGCUCCUACAUUCCCUGCACGGGACGGACAGCGUGACGCAAGGCGGAGCGGUGCACAACCUCCUCGCCAUUGCCCUCAAAGGAGCAGGGCAGGUGCAGAAGGCCACAGAGAACUACCUCCGGGCACUGCACAGAGCCAAGGAGACUGGGAACAAGAGGAACCAGGCUAUCGCCCUGGCCAACCUGGGGCAGCUGAGCCAGUCGCGUGGGGCGAGUCAGCUGUCUGAGCUCUACCUGCUGCAGGCUGCCCAGCUGUAUGCUGAGCUGCAGGGCAGCGAGGAGCUGGAGCUGGAGUCGGUUCAUGUGCUGCUGUGGCUGGCACAGGCCAUGGUCAGCAGGUGGAGGAUGGAAGAUGGCAAACUCUGUUAUGAACUUGCGCUGGUUUUUGCCCUGAAGUGGCACAACAUGAGGAGUCAGCUUCACGUCACUGAGGCACUCUGCCAUUUCUACAGCCAAGUGUGCCCCAGCCUCCAGGCCUGCAUUACCUACCACGAGCACCGAGUCUCCUUGGCACAGAAACUCCAGGACAGAGAGCUAGAAGGCAAUAUCCAGCAGACCCUCAGCCAGCUCUACCAGUCUUUGGGCACCCCUGAGGCUUUGAGACAGUCGCUGAACUGCACCAAACAGAGUCUGAGGAUCUUCAUUGACCUUGAGGAGACUGGCAAGGCAGCAGAGGCCUGGCUGCAGGCAGGAAGGCUGUACUAUCUCAUGCAGGAAGACGAGCUGGUGGAAAUGUACUUUCAGGCAGCUAUUGAGACUGCUCUGAAAGCUGAGAACUUCUCCUUGGCCAUGGAUCUCUAUGAAAAAGCAGGCGAUAACUUUUUUAAUGGCAACCGGCACAGAGACCGAGCAGUGGAGUUUUACAGGGGUGGUGCAGUGCCCUUGGCCAGGAAGCUACAGGCCAUUAAGACAGAGCUGCGGCUGUUCAAUAAGCUGACGGAGCUGCAGAUCGGGCUGCAGGGCUAUGAGAAGGCGCUGGAGUUUGCCACGCUGGCAGCCAGGCUGAGCAUCAGGGUGGGAGAUCAAUUGCAAGAGCUGGUUGCAUUCCACCGCCUGGCUACAGUCUACUAUUUUCUGCAGAUGUAUGAGAUGGCUGAAGAUUGCUACCUGAAGACACUCGCCCUGCAUCCCCCCAUGCUGCAGUGCUCUGGAGAAGCCCUGUACUACUGCAAGGUGUAUUGCCACCUUGGCAACCUGACCCUGCACAAGCUGAAGGAUGAACAGGAUGCAGCAGCCUACUUCCUCCUAGCCCUUGCUGCAGCCACCGAGCUGGGAGAUGUGGAGCUGCAGGCUCUCAUUGUGGCCAAGCUGGCCAACAUCCCCAGAGCCCCGCAGCGACCCAUGGACAUGCCGGGCUGUGCCACGUACCGGGCCAGGUGGCUGAGUGAAGGAGGCCACAUUGUCUGAUCACAUGGACGCGUCACCAUGAGAUGCUCAUGAUCCACGUGCUCUCCAGGAGCAGCAGUCAGCAGAGGUCCUGCCACCAGCAGCGUUUUGGUUUCUUGUGCCCAUCAGAUGAGGGACUUGGGGCUCUGCCCACAUUUCUCGGGCACAGGGCUGUGCAGGUGGCACUGCAGGCAGAGCGGGGCAGGAUGCGGCCCCAGCAGCUGGUGCUGGAGCAGGAGUGCAGCUGUUUGUGAUGGGGAUGGUAACAAGGUGCUGCCCGUUCCCACCUGGGCCUCUGACCCGAGCGUGUAUUAACUGGAAUAGUAGCUCUUUAUUUAUCCUGGCUGUUUUCUGUGCUGUCUGCUCCGUGCGGGUCUGUGCCCCACGCUGUGACACAAAGCACAGCCGCCCUUCGGCAGCGGGAGACGGGGACAGGGACGGGAAAACACAGCGUUCGGGGCGGGGAGGGGAAGGCAGCCAGGAGGCAGCGAGGCGGCCGCUCACCGCCAGGGAGCAACCGAGCCCCGCGAUUGCAGCUCGGACCGAAGGCUGAGCGGUGCGCCGGACGCUGGCAGUCCGCUGCGGCUUCACAAAGGAACCUGUUGCAAGGCAUCCAGUCUGACUUACGUGGCCCGCUGCUUGUAAAUGCUGAACGCAGAACAUUUAUUUCCUCGCUGCACUUUGAAAACGCUGAUUUCAUUUUCCCCUUUCAAACUCCGUGAGCAUCUGUCACUGGGGCAGUGAAUAUACGGCUUCUUUAUCAUGCAUUCCAGUGAUGCCAUUGGAGAACCUCAGCCCUAUGCUCAGAAGAGGUAAAUCUCUGUCCCAUAUGAAAUACAGUGAGCUUUUGGGGAGGCAGUGUAAGGAAUCCCACACAUCUGUUGCUCAGCACUGGCUUUGGGGACCCUGAAAUGAUGCCUGAGGUCACCACGAGGCUGCUGGCCCAGCACCCUCUGUGGCCCUACUUCCCCAGGGCUUCAGCUGCUGGUGCAUUGAGCAGUGCAACACUGUGGGACAGGAAUGGGGGCACAGCUGCGUGGGGCCGUGCCCUCACAGACCCACACUAAAGGCAGGUCACUUUCUGUUGAGCACAAGUGAAAAAAUAAGGGCUUUGUUUAAACAUAGAGAAUCCGUGUUUCAGCUGGUCUAAAUCAGCUAACUUCCAUGGAGUCAAACAUGCAGGGAUUGUAGGUUCUGACCCACUGUUUUUAACUAAAUGUGUGCUCUUUAAAUCACAGCAAAUGAUUCUGUGGUGCCUGGGGGAAAAAGAGACUCACUCCUUGAGAACAUCCCAUAAGACACUAUUUUCCCUCUCCUUCAUCCACCAGCUCUCUCCUGCACAAAGCUGAUCACACAUGCUGACACAGCAGCUCUGUUUUCCUGGUGAGAUGAGAGGUCAAGGUAGCAAGUACUAAUUAAACAUCAUAACAACACAGUGAAUCUUGGUGCUUACCAGCUCCUGUGUCUGAACCCAUGGGAGGGUGAGGAUCCAAUGUUCCUCCAGCCACAGAGGAGACUUCUCCUUGCCUGGAGAGAAGUGCCAAGGAGAAUUAGAUGCUUUGGGGUCUUUAUGCCAGAGGAGGUGACCUCACCUGAUUGCUCAGGUCCUGGAGCAGCUGGGCUGGGGGUUAUCAUCUUCUGCCCCUCCUGGGUGUGUUGGCAUGACAUCCAUCACCCUGGGACACAGGGCUGGGAGCUGGAUGCCUUUUAGGCACACUAAGGAGAAGCCCUGUGUGUGUGCAGAGCACAGUGACCGUGCAGGAGGAGUGCACCCCAAGGUGCUGCAGGGCACAGAGGCAGAUCAGAGCUGUGGUGGAGGAGCUGGGCUGUCAGUGUCCAUCCUAUAGGUGCUGGUCACCAGUGCCCAGCCCUCCUCCAUCAGCAUGAAUGUCUUUAUGGGCAGGCAGAGGAAAAAUUAGGGGAAAGGGUGGAUCAAGUCUUCUCACAUCCUCACAUUCAGUGAGUGCUACUGAAGGAACUGCCAGCAUCAGCGCUGCCAACCGCAGUGCAAGCCCACGUAAAGCCAAAUCUGGUUGUUUGGUGCCUCAGGGGGCCAUUUAAAUCCUGGAAUAAAGAGGGACUGGAUUUCUUUAACAUAUGCUCAUUCUUGGGCAGUGGAAAUACCAUGACAAGAAUAAUUCCUGGCUCACUGUAGCUCUGGUGUUAGCCUCCAGAGGCACUAGGAAAAAAAGGAAGCAUUUGUAACUGCAAAUAUAGAUAUGGACAGGAGCAUAAUGAUAGCUAGAAUUAUUUGGAUUACUUGGAAACUACUCUUUCUUGCAGAAAUACAACACCCAGCAGUAAUAACCACUACGAGCAGGCACCUUUCAUCAUUCCCUCACCUCACAGUACUGCAAAUCCUCACUACCUGUGCUAGGUGGAGAGACCUUCCUAUCCCCAGCUGUACCAGACACAGCCUUCACCCACUGCCGACAUCAGGUCCUCAUGGGACAGUCAAGGGGUAGAAAACCUCUGAGUAUCUCAGGGUCCAACAGUUGGGUGGGGGAGUGCUACUGCUUGGGAGAGAAGUCUGAACUUCAGUGAUGUGGGUAGGAGCCAUCUCUCCCCUCCCAAGGCCCUGCACUUGCCCCCUGCACUUGCUGGAGGCCCAUGCUCACUGUGCAGCUGGGGAUGCUGUCUGUGGAUGGGGCAUCAUUUAUCAGCCCCAGAUGUCAGCAGAGAAGUGCUGCUGGGCACACCCUGCUGCCAGGGCUCGUCAGGAUGUGAGGGUGCAGUGUCUGGGGCAGAGGCAAACCUGAGCUCUCCUUAUCUCAGGGGCAGCUGUGACUCUGCAGACAGCGUCUUUCCACGUUGCUUGGAAAAGCAAUGAGAAGUUGGUAAACACCAGCUGUUCUGCUGAGCAGGGCUGGGUGAAGUAUAUAAGCUGGGCGAUUUAGAUUAAAAAAUCAGUUAUUUACACAGCAAUCUGCGUUUUUGGUUUGGUGAUAACUGGGAUCAUAAAUAUGCACACUGGGGGGUGUGCUUGAGGUUGGUGCCGGGAUCCUGCACAGCAGCCAGGAGUCACUCACUGUGUGACACAUCCUUGGGUAAAGCUGUGGUCCUCCAUACGAUGGCAAGCAGGCAGGGUGCAGCAAUGCUCCCAGCUCUCCUCAUGGCUCCCCAGCUCAGCAUGAUGUCUCACCAGCCCUGGCUCUUCACUGGGAGGAAACCUGGCAGCACGAGGCUCCCUGGUCACAGCAUGGAGACAACUGUAGGAAACCACGCGAGCGCCAACAAGUCCCGUCACACUGCAGGGAGUAGAGAGGAAAAACAGAUCAGGAUUUGGCUGCCACAGAGCCUGCUGGGAUGCAGUCCAGGAACUGGGAUGAACACAAAGCAAUUAGCCCCUGAGCACCAGAGAGGUUCUGGAGAAAGGAAGAAUAAAUUCUUACUUAACCAGCACACAAAGGGGCUUUGGUUAUGGAGUGGACUAUUACAGAGGGCUACUUUAAUUUUGUUUCUUUUUCUUCUUUUCCUUUGCACCUGCUCUGACAGUGGCACUGGGACCAUAAAAGAGCACAUGGACACACAGAGAGCAAUGCUGCGGCACUGAUGGCGCUCAAGUUUAAUUCUGCCUGAGGCACCUCCAGCUCCUUGCAGCUGGUUUUCCACUUGCAGCAUGACCUUCCCCCAUUGCUGCCCAAGAUUUAAGUCAUGCUUGAUCUCAAAGUAUUAGUAUAAUAUUAAUCAGGUUUAAAAAAUGUACUCUAAUGAUUUAGAAAGGAUUUGCAAAAGUUCCCAAAUACCUCCCGUGUGUCAGGGCUGUGUUCUGCUAAAAACUCUCCCAGGCUCUCCCCAACCCAUUCACACUUGGGCAGGCUGUGCUGGAGCAUCACUGAAAUGCAAGGCACCUGCAGGGACGCUGUGUGUUCCUCCUGGUGACAACACAGCCAAACUCAAUGAGGGUAUCAUUGCCUUUGGACUCGUCUUGCUGACCUGUGAGGCUGUCAUCCAUCAUCUAUCUAUGCUGCAAGGUAUUUUGUACUACAGAAGCUCCAGUCUUUGAGGGGUGGCAGGACAGGUCCCAGCACGUGGCACUUCUCUACCAGCUCUGUUUUCCUUUGGCACUGCUGAACUCCUACCUAAAGUUUGGGAUCCGUAUCUUCUCCUCUCAAAUCUCCUUGGCAGUUCUUAAGAAGCAGGGGCAUUUCUCCCCUGCAGUGGCCACCGUGAUCAACUAGUAGCCAUGAGCACCUGCAAGCUGUUGUUUUUGGGUGGUUUGUUCUCAGAUUCUUUCCAAUCCUGCCUUGAAUACUGUCUCAUAAUUACUUUUUGGCUGCCAUCUCCAGCUGUGCUUCCAGUGCUCUUGUUGGAUUGGAAAUCUCUUGAUCUUGCCUAUCUGUUGUGUUUUCAUGUAGGAAGAACACAGAUAAAGAGACACUUAGGCAGAAAUGUCUCUUAGACACUUAAAAACCAAAACAGUCUCUGAAUGGACAUCUGGCAAUUUGCAUUUGCUGUUGUUAGGAAGGCUGUUGCCUUCGGAAGCCAGCAGGUGUCCCUUGGAUGGAGCUGCGAUCACUGGACAUCUCAUGGUGCUUUCAUCCAAGCCAAAAAUCUGCUCCUGCCUCUCCUUGAAGGGCUGUGGUGUGCAGUGCUCCAGUGCCCAGCCCCAGAAAGUCACCUACAGACUAUCCUGGAGCCUGGCUGCUGCUGACAACUCUCUUCUGUUUGCACCUCAUCCUGAUUUUGUGACCCUGCCUCUGCUCGGUGCAGAAGGAAACACCACAGGAAGGACAGCGUGGUGGCUCUGCAUCUCUGUGGGUUUCCCUUAGGGCUCU